AUGCCGGGCCCCCUGCGCCGCUGGGCGCUGGUGGGCAGCGCCCUGGCCGUGGCCGGCGGGGUGGCCGUGGCCGUCUGGAGGAGCCGUCGGGCCCCCCAGGCUCCGCCGGGCUCCCCGCCGCCGGCAAGGGCUCGCCCGGAGCGCGCCGAGCCGCCGCCGCCGCCGGCACAGGUGAGCAGGGCAGAGGUCUGGUUGUGUUGCCUUGUACGUUUGCAGCAAAAGCCCCAAAGCAAGCAGAUCUUGGUUCUGGGCCUGGAUGGCGCUGGGAAAACCACCAUUCUCCACUCGCUGACAGCUAACCAAGUGAAGCACAGCACGGCUCCCACCGAGGGCUUCAAUGCAGUCUGCGUCAGCACAGAGAACUCCAAGGUGGAAUUUCUAGAAAUCGGGGGCAGCGAGUCUCUGCGAUCCUAUUGGAAGAUGUACCUCUCGCGAGUCCUGCUGCUCAUAUACGUUGUGGAUUCGGCCGAUCACGAGCGCAUGCCCGUUGCAAAGAAGCUGCUUCAUCAGCUAGUCCAGAGUGACUCGACCUUGCCCGUGAUGAUCCUCGCCAAUAAGCAGGAUCUCGAAGGGGCAUACUGCAUUACGGACAUUCACGAGGCUUUGGCAUUGUCCGACAUUGGGGACGAGAGGAAGAUGUUCCUGAUUGGCACGCACGUGGCAGAAGACGGCUCCGAAAUCUCUUCCGGCAUGAAGGACACGCGGGAACUGAUUGCAGGGCUGGUCUCAGAAGCGGUGUGA